AUGCCGCAAGAACACCGUCUCGAUGCCUUGGUCGUGGGAGCCGGUUUUACCGGCAUCUACGCCCUCCACGUCCUCCUCAGCCAAGGCUUCAAUGUCAAAGCGAUCGACAAGGCUCCCGAAGUGGGCGGCACCUGGUGGUGGAACAGAUAUCCCGGAGCCAUGAGCGACACAUGGAGUCAUGUGUACCGGUAUUCGUUCGACAAAGAGCUGCUCGAGACGUAUCCGUGGCCACGCUGGUAUGUGACCCAGCGGGAGGUGCUCGAAUACCUGCGGCACGUCGUGGACCGGCACAAUCUGCGCAAGCACCUGCAGCUGGCCACGGAGAUGAAGGCCGCCCGAUGGGACGACCAGGCCAAACUGUGGCACGUAACAUGCAGCACGGGCGAUGUCUUCGUCGUGCGAUACCUCCUGACCGGAAUGGGCCUGCUCAACCAACCCCUCAUCCCCGACAUUCCCGGAAUCGAGAGCUUCCGCGGAAAGAUCGCACACACCGCGUCCUGGGACCCGACCGUCUCCGUCGAUAACAAGCGCGUCGGCGUCGUCGGUGUGGGCUCAUCGGGCGUGCAAUUCGUGACGGCAGUCGCCCCGCGCGUCAAAUCCCUGCACGUCUUCAUCCGCCGGGCGCAGUACAGCAUCCCCAGCGGCAAUCGGCUCGUGGGGGACGACGAGCGCCGCGCCAUCAACGCACGGUACCGUCAGAUCUGGGCGGAGGCGCGGGCGUCCUCCGUGGCCAUGGGGUUCCCCGAGCCCAGCCGGCAGCUGAUGGACCUGUCGCCGGCCGACCGUGAAGAGCUACUAGAGAACCUAUACCAGAGCGGCAGCGGACUGCGGUUUAUGCUGGGCGGGUUCGUCGACGUGCUGGUAGACCGCACGGCCAAUGAGGAAGUAUGUCAUUUCCUGCGGAAGAAGAUCGCAGGGAUCGUGCAAGACCCGGCGAAGCGGGCGAUGCUCACGCCGACGGAGUCCUACUCUCGACGGCCGCUCUGCGACGACGGCUACUACGAGCGGUUCAACCAGGACAACGUCUUCGCCGUGGAGGCGAUGAAGAACCCCAUCACGGCGAUCGUGCCGGAGGGGAUCCGCAUGGCGGACGGGACGGUCCACGAGCUGGACGUCAUUGUUCUCGCGACGGGGUUUGUUUCCUUCACGGGUAGUUAUUCCAGUGUCGCGCUCACUGGACGCCAUGGCCCGACUAGCCUGCACGACCUGUGGGAAAACCACGGAGCAUCCACGUACCUGGGUAUGUCUGUCGCGGGCUUCCCGAACCUCCUCACGCUGAACGGGCCCACCACCGCGUUUGCAAAUAUACCCCCCCUUGCGGAGACAAACGUCGACUUUGCUGUGGGGCUGAUGAAGCGGGCGGAGAGUCUGUCUGCGCAGCGUGGCUACCCAUGUGAGAUCGAGGCCACUGCGGAGGCAGCGAAGAAGUGGGCGGAGCUGUGCGAGGCGAUGGCGGAGGGGAGUAUCUUCCGUGACGCGCCUUCGUGGCUAUUUCGACAAAAUAUCCCGGGCAAAAAGUCCAUGACGCAGAUGUAUGUGGGGGGGUUGGGGAGGCUCCGUGGGGUGUUGGCGGAUGUGAAAAGUAGAGGAUACGAGGGGUUCAAGGAGCCUGUCGGGCAAACGAAGGCGCAUUUGUAG